CUGAAGUGUUGCCAUUCUUCGCAGUUGCAAAACAGAACACGCUCCAGCGUGAAUUGUGGCGUCACUUCUGCGUAGCGUGAUAGAAUCGUACCUGUGGGAAACUCUUCUGAGCCGAUUACGCAUUUUUCGCCGUGGAGUGGUCAGUUAACGAAAUCACAAGUUAGCAUCAUGAGUGAGAAUCGUGGGUUUGGUUUCGGGUGUCGAGAAGCGCCGGAUAUUUGCGACAAGUUUUUGGAAAACCAAGGAUACUACCGCAAACACACAGCAUUAGACUCGUCCUCGCUGUUCCGCGUCGUCUCCGAGCAGCAGUACAGCAUCCAGUUACACCACGAGGAAGUCCGCAAGCAAUGUGUAAACUACAUGCGCGCCAAUAGAGCGCAAUUUAAAAAGGAUAUCAAGUGGGACUUUGAAGGGUAUUUGGAUAAUAUGAGUCGGCAGAAAACGCACGGUACCCUGGUGGAACUGAAAGCCUUGGCGCAUCUGCACAAAGCGAAUGUUCGGUUGUUCGAGCCGUUUGCCGAUGGAAAAUGGUUCCUGCAGAAUGAUUCGUACGAUAAUCUUUGGAGAGUGUUUAUCGGGCGUAAUAAUCAUUUCGAUUCGAUUUAUACCAUGGACCACAUUACUAAUAUGGCCGAAUGCCAAGCGAUAGUGUAUGACAUACUGUACACGAAGGUGUUGCUAAUGCCUGACGUGCAGUAUGCGGUUGAGCGGAUGCUGCACGAUCCUGAAGAUCACAGGAUCGCGUACGACGAAGACGAGCAAGGUAGCAAAGUCGUCACAACAGAAGAUGGCCGACAAAUGAAGCUGAGCGCGGCUAGCGAAACGGAAUGCGUGCUGAAGAAUUCGCAACUGUGUCAUUUCCAUAACAUAACAAACUUUGAUGCGAUUCAGCAGUUCUUCGCCAUCCAUGGUUCGGCCGAGGGCUACCGUGUGUACGUUGGGCUGAACGUGCGCCAGGGUGUAAAAAAGCCGAAUCCGUUGCUGGAGGACCAAAACUUGUCCUGCGUGCGUCAGUUGCUGAACCUAGGCAUUACGCCGUUCCCGUACAAGGUGGCCAAAGCACUCGAUCGUAACAUCUACCGGAACGUGGAGUUUGACGUGUGGCACGAGAUCCGGGCGGAGAAAUGGAAAGCACAUCUUUUGCAGAUAACACACAGAGCACAUAACGAGAACCAAAUCGAUCAAACGAGACAGUCUUACGAAGAUAGAUAUAUGGAUGGAGGCAAUCGUCGAGGCAAGCGUAUAGAAUUCGUUAAAAAUCCGUUUAUAGAGCCGUCAGAGAUGAAUGAACUGAUCGAUGCCAUAGCAGAAGAGGAGCCCCCUGCACAGCAUUUGAACACAAACGAAGUAGCCGAUCCUCAUCUGGCACUUGUGCCCUAUCCGGUGGAGCAGUGCGAGUAUCUUCCGCCACCAGUUCAGUUCGGCGACACGAACGCGGUUAGUGUGGUGGCCUCCGAUCAAAACCAAUUGCCAUUUGGUGACAAGAACGGACAGUGUCCUGUAGGAGGGAUAGGAUGCUGUACAAUUCUCCCGUUCUACCCUGUUGCUCCAAUGACAUUUCAUGCAUUACCUGGAAUGAAUCAAAUGCAGCAGCUGCCCGCCAUUAUUCCAAAUAACAAUCAACAGCUUGUUUCUGAACAACAGCAACAGCAACAGCAACAGGCAUUUGUGCCGAACUCCUCCACGGUGAUUCAAGCUUCCAACGAUUGUUCAAUGCUGUACCAUAUGCAACAAACUCAGAUAACUCAGCAGGUGUUGCAGCAUCAAAUGCAACAGCAGCAGCUCCAGCAACAGCAGCAACUCCAGCAACAGCAGCAGCUCCAGCAACAGCAGCAGCAACAGCAGCAGCAACAGCAGCAGCUUCAGCAGCACCAACAUCAGCAGCAGCAACCGCAAAUCAUUUGCCCAUACGUUCCGAUUGCUGGGCAUGCACCGUACAUACAUGGGUGCAUUUAUAACUGUGUGCCAAACGUAGGGGAAGGAAGCAAUCAUGGAACUAUAGCGUUGACGUACGAUAUAAAUCCGUUGAACUCACCGCCGCAUUUCAAUUGUGCCCAAUUUUGGCCCAACAAUUAAGCAGAAUGUUUGGUUUUGAUGCUGAUGUAAUGGUUAAUUUCUUCGAUAAUUUUAUAUCGAUUUUUUGUCAUAACGAGUUCUCUUAAAACUUGAUUGAGGUAUUCGAAACAGAUUAUCGAAUUCUCUCAUUUCUUACACUUUAUCACUUUUUUAUGCUGUGGAUGAUAUUGAUUUCGUAACAUGUUUUUGUGAAUUCAUCACAUACUCAGCGAAUCCGAUCGUGUGUGGGUUACAUUUAAAGUGUGAAUUUUUUUUGGCGUUACUGAAAUGUAUGUUUAAUAUUUACACGAUAUUUCCUGAUCGAAUUUCAUGUAAACCAUCAAAAAUGCAUUCCAAUAAAUU